UCGAGCGGCGGAGGAAAGUGGAGUUCGCGCGUCUUGUUGUGCGUCCGUGGACCAAACAGCAGCAGCAGCGGUGCGCUUUUUUUUUUCCUCCUCCAGAUCCGCAGGCAUCCCGGAGAGCAGCCACACCGUGCAUUCAGCGGACACCAGGAGGAGGAGGAGGGGGUGGAUAACCGAGUUCUACUUCUUGUUCAUGAUCAUUUUGACUCAUUGAGACAUUUCAUAUUUUUGCAUUUCCCUCAUGGUAACCAACACUGUGCAGCCGGAGACAUGUGGAAUAUUCCGGGGAAACUGCACCGCUUCUUACUAGUGUGUCUCCUUCUGACGCUGUGGGCUCAGGUGUCUCAGUCCACCGGUUACUUCGAGCUGCAGUUGAUUUCAGUGGAAAACCCCAAAGGUCAGCUACUCAACGGCGACUGCUGCGACGUGGAAAAGAGCGCCGCGGAGGGCCAAUGUGGCGUGGACGAGUGCGACACCUACUUCAGAGUGUGUUUAAAGGAAUACCAAACAGAGGUCACGACCAAUGGCCCGUGCACAUAUGGCUCGGAAACUACUAAGGUUAUCGGUGGGAAUACUUUUCAGUUCAAAGGCGGCCAGAAAACCGGACAGAACCGGAACAACGACGCCGGAAAGAUCAUCAUCCCCUUCCAGUUCGCGUGGCCGAGAGCUUACACUGUGAUAGUGGAGGCGUGGGACAGGGACAACGGAACACACAGCAAUGAUGAGGAGCUGCUAAUUGAGCGAAGCAUCCACAAGGGGAUGAUCAACCCCGGAGAGGAGAAGCAGCCGGUGGAGUACAAAAGCUUGAUAGCCAGACUUGAGUACACCAUCCGUGUACGCUGCAACGAACACUACUACGGCAGCAAGUGCAACAAAGUUUGCCGUCCCCGAGACGACUACUUCGGCCACUAUGUGUGUGACCAGUCUGGGAACAGAGAGUGCAUGGAGGGCUGGACGGGGCCCGACUGCAAAACAGCCAUCUGCAAACUAGGAUGCAGCCUCCAGCAUGGGACGUGUAGCGUGCCGGGAGAAUGCAAGUGUAACUAUGGCUGGCAGGGUCCGCUCUGUGACGAAUGUCUGCCGUAUCCCGGCUGUGUUCACGGCACCUGCAGUGAGCCCUGGCUUUGCACCUGUGAGAAGAACUGGGGAGGCCUCCUGUGCGACAAAGAUCUGAACUAUUGCGGGACCAACCGGCCCUGUAAGAACGGAGGAACGUGUAUGAACCCAGAGCCAGACGAGUAUAACUGUGCCUGUCCAGACGGGUACUCUGGCAAGAACUGUGAGAUAGCUGAGCAUGCCUGCGUGUCCAACCCCUGUGCCAAUGGGGGGACCUGCCAUGAAGUCCCAUCUGGCUUUGAGUGUCACUGUCCUGCUGGCUGGUCUGGGCCGACCUGUGCUCAAGACACAGAUGAAUGUGCAUCCAACCCUUGUGCUCAGGGCGGGACUUGCAUCGACAUGGAGAACGGCUUUGAAUGCCUCUGCCCUCCACAGUGGACGGGCAAGACCUGCCAGAUAGACUUUAAUGAGUGCUCGGGGAAGCCUUGCCUCAAUGCUUACACUUGCAAAAACUUGAUUGGUGGAUAUCUUUGUGCCUGCUUUCGUGGAUGGGUGGGCCAGAACUGUGACAUAAAUAUGAACAGCUGCCACGGACAGUGUCUGAACGGAGGGACCUGCAAGGAGGUGACAAGAGGCUACCAGUGUGUUUGCCAGGCAGGCUUCGUUGGUCGUCACUGUGAGCUUCAGAGAAACCGCUGUGCGAGCAGUCCAUGCAGGAACGGUGGCCGCUGCCACGCCCUGCUGGAUGGGUUCGUGUGUGAAUGCCUGCAGGGCUUCGCUGGCACAACCUGUGAGGUGCAGAAUGACCCAUGCAGCCCGAACCCCUGCAAUAAGGCUCAGUGCCACAGCCUCAUGGGGGAUUUCUACUGCAGCUGCCCAGAUGAUUACGAGGGCAAAACCUGUUCAGAGCUCAAAGACCACUGCAAAACCAACAGGUGUCAAGUGAUUGACAGUUGCACUGUUGCCGUGGCAACCAAUGAUACCCAGAAACGGGUGUGGCACAUCUCGUCCAAUGUGUGUGGCCCCCACGGACGUUGCAUCAGCCUUCCUGCCGGGAACUUCAGCUGCUCCUGCGAGCCGGGAUUCACUGGCACCUACUGCCACGAGAAUAUUAAUGACUGUGCGUCAUCCCCCUGUAAGAACGGAGGCACAUGCAUCGAUGGUAUCAACUCCUUCCAGUGUUUCUGCCCAGACGGCUGGGAGGGCAGUCUUUGUGAUGUUGAUGUGAAUGAGUGCAACAGAAACCCUUGUCAGAAUGGAGGCCAAUGUGUCGAUCUAUUUAACGACUUCUACUGCAACUGUGUCGACAACUGGAAAGGGAAGACCUGCCACUCACGUGAGAGCCAGUGCGACUCCACUACCUGUAGUAAUGGAGGGACAUGUUACGACCACGGAGACUCUUUCCUGUGCAGCUGCCCCUCAGGCUGGGGUGGCAGCACCUGCAACACAGCCAAAAACAGCACAUGCGACUUGGGCCCGUGCGAGAACAGUGGGACGUGUGUUGGAGGAGGUGACGCCUUCACCUGCAUCUGCAAAGACGGCUGGGAGGGUCCCACCUGUGCACAGAAUGUGGACGACUGCAACCCACAUCCCUGCUACAACGGCGGCCUCUGUGUCGACGGUGUGAACUGGUUUCGCUGCGAGUGCGCUCCAGGAUUCGCCGGACCGGACUGCCGCAUCAACAUAGACGAGUGCCAGUCAUCUCCUUGUGCCGAGGGUUCCACCUGCAUGGAUGAAAUCAACGGCUACCGCUGUGUUUGUCCUCCAGGAUACGCCGGAGCUCGCUGCCACGAGUUCAUCGGUCUUGGAAAGUCGUGUCGUCAUGCCGGGUUGCAGUUUCCUCACGGCAGUCGUUGGGAGGAGGAUUGCAACGCCUGCCAGUGUGUCAACGGAUACGUUCGCUGCUCCAAGGUGCAUUGUGGUCGUCGACCCUGCCUCCUCCCCAAAGCUCUGCCUCCUCCUGCGGACGCAAACCCUUCGUCCUGCCCCGGAGGUCACGAGUGCGUGGAGCAUCAGUUCCUCACCUGCUUCUCGCCGCCCUGCCACCAGUGGGGUGUGUGUUCGACGCCGGACCCCCCCACACCUCUGCACACUCAGUGUGAGCCCAACAGUGGUUACCUUGACAACAACUGCGCUCGCAUUACGCUGAUCUUCAAAAAAGACAAAGUGCCGCAGGGCACCACUGUGGAGAACAUCUGCUCAGAGCUGAGGUACCUCCCCGUGACUCAGACGCUGGCCGAGGAGCGAGGGCUGCUUAUCCUCUGUGACUUGUCCUACACCAACGGUGAUGCUGUGGAGGUUGCCAUGUCCUUUGAGCAGGAUGGGCGGUCCAAGGACAGCGAUCGUGGUCAGAUCCAGAAAGCAGCCAGCACCAUCAUUGGCGCAUUGUCCAAACGUCACAACAGCACCGUCAUGCUGGCCGUGGUGGAGGUCAAAGUAGAGACGCAGGUGGAGUCGCCGCCUGUUGGUUACUUGGUCCCCGUCCUGUGCGUGGUCUUCAGCAUCCUCUGGAUCUUCUGCAUUGUCUGCGUCUGGUGGAACCGUAAGAGAAAGAAAGAGCGCGAGAGAGUGAACCGAUCCGAGGACACCACGGUCAACAACCAACUGGAGCCGCUGCGGAGCAACGCCCUCAAGGACAACCGCGACAAAGACAUUCAGUACGAAUGCAAGAAACUGAUGGGCCCCUCGGACAGGACGUGCGACGGGGCAGAGGGCGAGGAGGAUGGGGAGCAGGAGGGGGAGCAGGAGGAAGACGAGGAGAGGGCGCUGGGCAUGGGGGAGAAGUGCCCGCCGCAAAGGUGCUCCAUAGCUGGGGCAGUGCAGGACAGGGGGAUGAUGGGUAAGGUAGGGGUGAUCUGCACGUCACGCAGCGGACCAGUCAAGGCGCCGCACCGGACGGCGUACAGCCCCAAAGACAACCGGUGUAAAAAUCUGAACGCCGCCAAGCUCAGCGAGGACGUUAAAGACCAAUAUGUAUGAGCACCCGAGAUAAAGAAAAUAAACUUCAAUGUCUUCAACGUCACUGACUUUUGAAUCUUAAAAGCACCAAAAGUGAAGAUUACAGAUGCUUUAAUUUUCUAUUUUAAUUUGUCACACUUUUAUUUAACUUUUUCAUCUUCAGCAUGGAGGCUUCUUUUACCAAAAAACAUUAUAAAACAAAGAAAACUACAGAAAAAAACAACAACAAUAAACACUGCUGGAUUUCUGGAUUUCAGUUUCACACGUUCGGAAUCAAGAAGAUCUUUUGUUUUUCUCUCCCGUCGCUCUUGAUUAUUUUUCUGUUUACGGACUGAUUUUCAGCUUUCCCCUUUUAAAAGAACAAACACUAACCUUUUUAGUUUCUCUUUGGACCUUGGAGAUCUGACUGACCGUCAUUGGCUGGCAGCUGUUAACAUUGUUUCUACUGUUUGGUGCAUUCAGUUCCUGUCUGCCUUAGCCCGAACCUGCGGGCCUUUUCUACACUGUCUUCACAUUUUGUCUUUUUAUAAACAAAAAACCUUAACAAAAAAGAAAAAAAAAAUGUAUAUCCAUUCAAGUCCUUGAAAGUUAGAACAGAGAAUCCACUGUUUGAUAGCUGGCAUGAGCAUCUUUUGUUUACAUUCACAAAGAUCUUUUCCAUUUUGUGUUCAGGCUUAAAGGUUACGUAAAUCCUUUUCAGAGAACUCUUCCUACAUGUCUACAGGAUAAUUUUUCACUAUUUUGUUUGGUAGGAAAGUGCCUUCAGCCCUUAUUUUUCUCCUUUUCUCUCCUCCUUAAGAGUUUAUGCAGAUUCAAAUCACAUAUAAAGGGAAAGAUGUCCUCGUACUAACUCUUCAUACCCCUGGAAAGGUUAUUUUCUUUGCGAUGUACAUUUGUAAAUAUGAAAAAAAUGGCUGUUUAUAUUUGAAUUUAGUAACUUAAGUGAUGCUUUGUAUCAUAGUUAUUCUAAAGAAUAAGACUGUUUUUGAGCUUGUUGCUUUUUUUUUUUAAUGAUGUCAUUCCGUUUAUUUGUGUCUGUUUGACACUCUGACAGGUUUUUUACAGAUUUUCAGACUGUUUCUAAGGUUUCACUGAAUCAUGAACAUCGGUUUCAACAGCAAACAGAUAAUGAUUGUUUGUCUUUAUGUGUUAUGACCAUUUGUUCAGGCUGUAAGAAUCCAAACACAGAGAUAUUAAGAAUUUCAACACUGUGGGUGGUUGUUAGGAACCUCCUGUCCAAUGGCCUUGUUCAUUUGAUUGUAGGCUUAGGAAUACAAUUUGAUGCUUUGGGGAUUCUGCCCCACCUCUAAGAAUUCCCCUUUAAUUAAUAAUUAUUAAUUUAAGUUCUCUAAGGGUUCAACUAUCUCAAAAAUUCCCCCUUCACCUACAAAUCCAUAUCUAACAUGGGUCGUACUGCUUGCAAAAAGAACACUUCUAUAAUACCUUGAUUGUUAAUCAUUUCACUUUAUUUGUGUUUCCCGUGUGUUAAAAUGUCUCAAGAGCUCCUCUACACCAACAAAUUCAAUUUAUGUGGGCUUUUAUGUUCAACAAUUCUAUGGGAGAUUAUUUUAGCUUUGUUCGAGAAUUUAUUUCUUUUUUUACUUUGAACAUUAAACACACAGUUAGCUACGCUACAGUGAGCCACAUAUUAAGAUUUAUGAGGGGUUAAUUCAUAUUUGCCACUUCUGAUAGUCGCAGUGUUGCUUAAUAUAGAUGCCUGUCCUUAUUUUUGUUUGUUUUACCAUUUUCUGUCCCUCCUCAUUUGUUGGGACUCUUAACUGUUAAAAUCAGAAGUUAUGUGGGGCUCUUGCUAAUGUGCCUUAUCCACUACUUGCUCUUAAUUAGGGACUCCAAAUGGCACACAAUAAAGUAUCCCUGGACUGCGUUGGCGAGUCAGGUCUUAAAACCAUUUUAUAAACACAUCACAGGGUUCAAACCACCUAAAAGCACUGUCCCUCUUUAGCUUACUUGUACUUCAGUUAUAAAUUCAAAAUUUUACAGUCUGUUGACAGUGGAGGUGCCUCACAGGGCAGCACAGUGUUUAGCGAGUAUGAAAACCCUGUCAUGACACCCCCCCCCCGAUUGCAAGACACUGACCCCGUCAUAAAAGAAACAAUCAAAAGUGUGUGUUUUGAAUGAGAAUCUAACCGCAGUGGAUGAGUGUGUAUCCUAAGUUUCCUUGUUAGCCCUGCCUCUCCUUGUGUUUCUAUUCUGGUCUAAUGAAGGGAACAAGUUGUGUUAUUGUUGAUGUUGUUGACUGUUGUGGUUGUUGUUCAGUGUUUGUUAAGAGUCUGUUUCUGCACUAAGAACACACAGGAAGAAAGAAAAGUUCAGCAUUACCUGCACAGUGGUAGUGAGGAAAUUAGGUCAGAUAUUGUCACUAUAUGUGGAUGACAUUGUGUUUUCAAUAUGUUAUGCUUUUGUUUAAAAUACUGAUGCAAAUCAUGUUAAGCCCAAAAUUCAUCUUUUACGUUGUGUUAGUCCCACAGGAGGGGCUGAAUGUGCAGAACAUUGUAAUUAUUUUGUACAAACUUUGGUAAAAGUCUUGGUUUGUUAGUGGAAUUUUUUUUUGUUUGUUCUUAGAACAAUCCUAUUAUUUAUUAAAGUAUUUUAUACCAAA